AUGUACUUUUUAAACACGCCCUAUCGUGGCAUUUUCAACAAUCUCUGCGAAAAAUUAACAAAUCAAUUCACUCUUCCUGUAAUUUCUACGACUACACUCUAUAUUUCCAUAUUUAUUUUCUGCAUACCCCUCAUAAUUAUUGUGAUACUCUAUGAGAGAGAACAGGCACGAUUAAUUGCUGAACAGCCCAAGGGAUGUCGAAAGCUAGGCAUGAAAAUCAAGACCAAUCUGGCGAACGAAUUUGAUAAAAAGUUUUCCGAAGGACGUCCCCCUUCGUCCGAAGAGACAUCGGCAGAAUGGUGGCGAUUAAAAAGUUUGUGGAUCUAUCCUGUCAAAGGUUGCGGCGGCGUUGAAUUGAAUCGCGGAACAAUUAUUUCCACAGGCAUGGAGUACGAUCGUCAGUUUACCUUUGCUCAACUUCGAAGUCCAUUUCCUGUUGCCCUUCACACACCGGAAAAAGAAAAAUCUGCGCACACCUGGGAGUGUGUGACUCAGAAAGAUUUCCCCCGUCUUGCAAGAGUGAGGACAGAAAUGUGGGUUCCUGAUCAAUCGACGGACACGUACAGUCCACAUGCAGAGGAUGUUGAAAGCGGAGGAGUCAUCAUUAUUAGCUUUCCAUACCAGGAAUUUGGCUGGAGAGGACUCUUUGCGAAAUGGGGUGCUGCACUUAGAGGUGCUGUUCCAGAGAUGGAAUUUCGUGUCCCGUAUGACCCUUCGCCUGCUCAGAUCGAAAAAUCCGGAUACAAAGCUGAAAACAUGAACAUUUGGAAUGAGACUAUAACAGCCCUGAAUUUAGAAAUCGAAAUUCCAGAAGAAAUGAGAUACUACCUAGGCAUCAGCAAUAAGCUAGGACUAUUUAGGCUCUGUAAUACAAGUAAUAACAGCGAAUUCCAAUCCCAAAAUCUUGAGGGAGGUAAGCCCGAGCUUGAACCUAUCAGUGGCUUCCAAGACGUCUAUCCUAUCCAUCUCGUUAACCUAGCAAGUAUACGUGAUAUUGAGUCGAAAAUGGUAAAAACUCGCACGACUCCUCGUCUAUCCGCUGCCAACUUUCGAGCUAAUCUCAUAAUAACUGGCCCUGACGCUUAUCACGAAAAUUGUUGGCGUCGCAUCAAAAUAGGAUUCUACGAAUAUGAUGUUGUUCAUCGCACCUCAAGAUCAAAAAGGUUAAAGUCGGACAUUGAUGGCAAAAAAUGCCAGGACGGAACUAUCUGGAACUACCGGACAGAAGAUGAGGGGCCCGGAUUGGACGUACUCACUCUAGGCAUGAACAUGAUUCCUUUGUCGAAAGAGGCGGCUUUGAGAGUAGGCGAUGAGAUACUUCUUUUAGAAAUUGACGCACACUGCAACAUAGACUAA